AUGCCAGAUGAAAUCCAACCCUCUUCCUUGAUACAUGAAAGACGAUCUGCCAAUUACAAGCCAAAUAUUUGGAAGUAUGGUUUCUUUGAAUCUCUUAAUAGCAAAUACCACGGAGAUGAUUAUACGAGGCAGUCUGAGAAGCUAAUAGAAGAUGUAAAGAAUCAUAUGAUGUCUGUUGGAACAAAAGAUUUGAUAGCUCAAUUGGAGCUGAUUGACAGCAUCGGAAAACUAGGGCUCACGAACCACUUUGAAAAGGAAAUUAAGGAAGCCCUAGACACAAUAGCAUCUAUUGAAAAUGACGAUCCCUACAUGACAGAGAACCUUUAUGCUACUGCGUUGCACUUUAAGAUCCUUAGGCAGCAUGGCUAUAAAGUAUCACAAGAUGUAUUUGGUGGCUUCUUGGAUGAGAAAGGUACGUUAGAGAAAAGCCAUUUUUCAGAUGUCAAAGGAAUGCUUGAACUUUUGGAGGCCUCAAACUUGGCUUUAGACGGGGAAAAUGUCUUAGAUGAGGCGAAAGCUUUCUCUACGUUAGCUCUCAGAGAUUCCAAUAUCUGUAAUAUUCUGGACAAUAACCUUGCGAGGCAUGUGGUCCAUGCUUUGGAGCUUUCAUCACAUCGAAGAGUAGGGUGGUUUAAUGUCAAAUGGCACAUACAUGCCUAUGAGAAAGACAAUCACGUCAAAACCAUUUUACUUGAAUUGGCUAAACUUAACUUUAACAUGGUUCAAGCAACGCUGCAAAAAGAUAUAAAGGAAGCAUCCAAGUGGUGGAAGAAUCUGGGCCUCGCAGAACACUUGAAAUUUGCAAGAGAUAGACCAGUCGAGUGUUUCAUGUGUGCUGUGGGAUUAAAUUUCCAGCCUGACUACACAUCUUUUAGAAUACGGCUUACUAAAGUCAUCUACUUGAUUCUGAUAAUAGACGACGUUUAUGACGUCUAUGGCUCACUGGAAGAGCUAAAGCUCUUCACGAACGCCGUCGAUAGGUGGGAUGUUGGGGAAACUGAGCAGCUUCCAGAGUGUAUGAAGAUCUGUUUCCAAGUGCUCUACAACACUACUUGUGAAAUUGCUCAUGCAAUCGAGGAGGAAAAUGGCUGGAACCUAGUGUUACCUCAUUUGAGCAAAGUGUGGGCAGAUUUCUGUAAAGCAUUACUAUUGGAGGCAGAGUGGUACAGUAGCGGCUAUACACCAUCCCUCGAAGAGUACCUAAGUAAUGGAUGCAUUUCAUCAUCAGCUUCAGUCCUCUUGGUUCAUACAUUUUUCUCCACAACUCAUCGUGAUCAGCCAACCGAAGAGAUUGCCGAUUUUUGGCACAAGAAUGAAGAUUUUGUGAAUAACAUAUCUCUGAUAGUUCGGCUCACCGAUGAUCUGGCAACUUACCGGGCUGAACAAGAGAGAGGCGAUGCUCCUUCAGCAAUCCUAUGUUACAUGCGAGAGAUGAAUGUUUCUGAAGAUAUAGCCGAGACGAAGAUUAAAGGCAUGAUAGACAAAGCGUGGAAGAAAAUAAAUGGGAAAUGCUUGAGAACCCCACAAGUUCCUUUCCUCUCACCAUUCAUCAACAUUGCCACAAAUAUUGCGCGAAUGGUGCACAACCUUUACCAAGAUGGAGAUGGAUUUGGUGAUCAAGAAAAAGGCUCUCGGCUGAUCCAGUCUCUACUAGCUGAGCCUUUACUGCUUUGA